GUAUAAUUCAUAUGUACUAGUGUUAUAUAUUAUUUAUAUAUACUUGUAUUAUGUAGUACAUUAAUACUAUUACCCACUAUAGAUCAAUGGCACUAGUGCUACUUAUUACUGUUAAAUCUGUUAAUCAUUAGAUAUUAUUAUUAGUUCAGUAUAGUUCAUCUGUACUAAUUUUAUGUACUUUUUAAGCAAAUAAUCGAAUUUCCAGAAUUCGAGUUAAGCAAAAAAAAUGGAUUUUCAAAAUCAGGUCAUAGGAUUUAGGGUUUAGUUUCGGAUUUUCUAAAUUCGAAUUUAUUUCAAACUCAGAUUACGAGAAUCCGAGAUUAGCUUAAACUCGGAUUUCUAAAAUUCGACUUUUAGGGUUUAGGGUUUAGUUACGGAUUUCCCAAAUCCGAUUUUAGUUUAAACUCAGAUUUUCAACUAAAAAUUGGAUUUUCAAUAUCCGAUUUAGUUCAAAAUGUUGGAUUUUAGGGUUUAGGGUUUAGUUUAAUGUGCCUUGUGUGAGUAUGAGCACUACCCGGGUAAACGCAAAUCCGAAAGUUGUUUUUUUCUAAACAACUCAUAUUUUUCAAAUUCGAGAGUAAGAACAAAGAGGCUCGGAUUAUCGAAACCCGAGUCUCUUCCCUUUUAUUUUUAACACUUAGAUUUUUUUUUCUAAAACUUAAAAUAAUUUUUUACUAUAAACUUUCGGAUUUUCAAAGUCCGAAUUUCCAUGUUUCGGAUUAGGCUAAUCCGGUUCUAGUCAACUUUUAUUUUCGAACACUUAGAUUAUUUUUCUAAAAAAUAAAUAUUUUUUUAUUGUUGACUCUCGAAUUUGCGAAAUCUGACCUGAUUAGUUUAAAUUAAUUCUUUGAUUUAAUUUAAGUAAUUUUAGGUUAUUAAAGUCUGGAAUUACAUUAAUCCGAGUUUCAGUGGUCUCAGAUUUGCGAAAUCUGACUGUACGGUACUCUCGGAUUUGAUAAAUUUGAGAGAACUAGUGUUGUCCACCUAAUUUAGAUCCAUAUUAUUUUUGUCGAGAUCUUUUUUAAAUAAUUUUUUAGAUAAAAAACUCCCAAAAACUUAGUCCAUGGAUGGAAUUCGCUUGAUACUGGCAAGCAAAAACCAAUGGGUGAUACUUAGAAUACAUUGAACGAGAAGUAAUUCCAAAUCACAAGCUGGCUAGAGUUCAGAAAGAUGAAGUGAAACUGAUGUAUAGGAAGAACUCUAUACCAUGCUUUGUGUUGGGAAAUAAUUUGCUUUAUAAAUUACUUGGGAUACUUUAUUGUUGCGGUGAUUCAUUAUUUGGUCUAGAAAAACCAAUGUUGGAUUUACAUUUGGUGUUGCCAAUUCAGUUCCACCAUUUGGUUCUUUAGUUCAGGAGCCAUUGCAAGAAUUUGAAUGUUUGAUCUUUAAUUUAAAGCAAUUUUAGGAUAAUUUCAUUCAAUCUCCCAAAUCUCAUGGAUGAGACGCGAAAGUGGACUUUGUUAAAUAGCGUUUCACAAGUUCAUAGAGUCACCACAAAAGCAAACUUAAUGCACUUUAAGAAUGGUGUAAUGCAUUUUGUUAAGCCGAGAAUAAAAUUGGAACUUCUUGAGGAUUCGUCAAAAUCCGGGCUAUCACUUACCCUUUGCCGCACAAGGUGCGGCCACAAAGCCUAGUAGAAAGAAGAACGAGCAGUUGUAUUUCUCUUUUCCGCCCCCACAAAAACCGAGAAAAAAGGAAAAGAAAAUCCAAUCCAAAAUGACAAUACUAACUAGUAGUCUUUCUCCGACUCCUCCCGCCACCACCAAUUUCGGUUGCAGAUAUGGCGUCUCCUCCUCUUCCUCCUCCUCCUCCUCCAUUUCCUUCCUCUUCCCUGCUACUAAAAUCAGGUUAGCUUUUCCCUUUCUUCCCACUCAAAUUUACACUCUCUUCCAAAUUCUGAACUUUAAGAACCGCCGGAAUUGUGAAGAUGGGAAUGUCAUAAUUUCCAUUUGCUGUUUGCAGAUGCCAAUCCACAAGGACUCCUCCUCCUUCCCAGUUCCAGGAACAGCCGCCACCAAAGUCGAAAUUCAACUUAUUGGACACCGCCAGCAACUUGCUUACCAAUUUCUUGAGUGGUGGCCUAAUGGGUUCCAUGCCAAUCGCUGAAGGUGCUGUCUCUGAUCUCUUUGGCCGUCCCCUUUUCUUCGCUUUGUACGACUGGUUUCUUCAGUACGGUUCUGUGUAUAAAUUGGCCUUUGGACCCAAAGCAUUUGUUGUUGUAUCUGAUCCUAUUGUUGCCAGACAUAUUCUCCGCGAAAAUGCGUUUUCUUAUGACAAGGGAGUUCUUGCCGAAAUUCUAGAGCCAAUUAUGGGAAAAGGCCUAAUACCUGCGGAUCUUGACACCUGGAAGCAGAGGAGAAGAGUCAUCGCUCCCGGGUUCCAUGCAUUGUACUUAGAAGCCAUGGUCAAAGUAUUUACUGAUUGUUGUGAGAGAACGACUUUGAAGUUUGAACAGCUUCUUGAAGAAGAAGUGGGAAAAGGAGGGAAGAAGAUAGAAUUGGACUUGGAAGCUGAAUUUUCUAGUUUAGCACUUGAUAUAAUUGGGCUAGGGGUUUUCAAUUAUGACUUUGGUUCUGUUACAAAAGAAUCUCCUGUUAUUAAGGCUGUAUAUGGUACUCUAUUUGAAGCCGAACACCGAUCUACAUUCUAUAUUCCUUACUGGAAAAUCCCUCUAGCAAGAUGGCUAGUUCCCAGGCAGCGAAAGUUCCAAAAAGACAUCAAGUGUAUCAAUGAUUGCCUCGAUGAUCUUAUCAGGAAUGCAAAAGAGACGCGAGAGGAAGCAGAUGUCGAGCAACUACAGAAAAGGGACUACUCAAAUCUUAAGGAUGCAAGUCUCUUGCGGUUUCUAGUGGAUAUGAGGGGAGCAGAUGUUGAUGAUCGUCAGCUUAGGGAUGAUCUGAUGACAAUGCUUAUCGCUGGCCAUGAAACAACGGCUGCUGUGCUUACUUGGGCUGUUUUUCUUCUUGCUCAACAUCCUGACAAGAUGAAGAAAGCACAGGCAGAGAUAGAUUCCGUGCUUGGUGAGGGAAGAAUAACCUAUGAUAUAAUUAAGAAAUUAGAUUACAUACGGAUUAUCGUUGUCGAGUCUCUACGCUUAUAUCCACAGCCUCCAUUACUCAUUAGGCGUGCUCUGACAUCUGAUACAAUACCUGGAGGUCAUAAUGGUGACAAGAAUGGUUAUGAAAUCCCUGCCGGGACUGAUAUUUUUGUUUCUGUAUACAAUCUUCAUAGAUCUCCAUACUUUUGGGAUAGACCUAAUGAAUUUGAACCGGAGAGGUUUCUCGUGAAAAGGGUAGGUGAAGACAUUCAAGGGUGGGGUGGUUUUGAUCCAUCCAGAAGUCCUGGAGCAUUGUACCCUAACGAGGUUUCUUUCCCAAUUAUAUGCUUUCUCUUUUAGGCUCCCAGUAUGUUUAGCAACAUCUUUUUCUUAAUGUGAUUUUUCUUCGGAUUGGCAGAUUAUAUCAGAUUUUGCAUUUUUGCCUUUUGGAGGAGGGCCAAGAAAGUGUGUCGGAGACCAGUUUGCAUUAAUGGAGUCAACAAUCGCACUAGCAAUGUUGCUGCAAAAGUUUGAUGUAGAGCUUAAAGGAUUUCCAGAAUCUGUAGAACUAGUCACUGGUGCAACAAUUCAUACAAAAAAUGGAUUGUGGUGCCGGUUGAAGAAGAGGUCCCAUAUUUAGCCACAGAUUUUUGUUAUAAUUGAUUUUUGGCCUUUUUUUUUUUAGGUCCAACUCCAAGAGGAUGCUCGUGUUUAUCCUUUUUAGUAUAAAAUCAACUUGGAGAUGAAUAAUUAUUCUGAAAUGUAGCAUUUUGAAGGUCAAGCAACUGCAUCGUGUUGAUCGUAUAUCAUAUGUUCAUUUCAGAGGUUGGGCGAUAGUGGUUAUUGUGUAUUAUAUAUCCAUCUUAAAGGAUGGGAAUCCAACUUCAUAAUCUCAGGAUAUAACUUCACCAGUCACCACCUACAGGAAAGGUUCAUUUCUCCUCGUUCAGUAAAGAAGAAAAGCAUCUUUAUAAUUACUAGUAUUAUACUCGCACG